AUGGCAGCGGAGCCUCUAUCCAAUGGCGUUGGCGCCAACAACAAAAAGGUUGCAUAUUUCUAUGACUCCGAUGUGGGUAAUUAUGCCUAUGUCUCAGGCCAUCCCAUGAAGCCUCAUCGCAUACGCAUGACGCACAGCUUGGUCAUGAACUAUGGCCUUUACAAAAAGAUGGAGAUCUAUCGUGCCAAACCCGCUUCGAAAUAUGAGAUGACCCAAUUCCACACAGAUGAAUACAUUGAUUUCCUCUCGAAAGUGACGCCGGACAACAUGGACCAAUUUUCGAAGGAGCAAAGCCGAUACAAUGUGGGUGAUGACUGUCCUGUUUUCGACGGCUUGUUCGAAUUCUGCGGGAUCAGUGCAGGUGGUAGCAUGGAAGGCGCCGCGCGGUUGAAUCGCAACAAGUGCGACGUUGCUGUCAACUGGGCCGGUGGUCUUCACCACGCGAAGAAGAGCGAAGCUAGUGGUUUCUGCUACGUAAAUGAUAUUGUUCUCGGUAUCCUCGAACUGCUGCGAUUUAAGCAGCGAGUCCUCUAUGUUGAUAUUGAUGUUCACCAUGGUGACGGUGUUGAGGAGGCGUUCUACACCACAGAUCGCGUCAUGACUGUUUCAUUCCACAAGUACGGCGAAUAUUUCCCAGGUACCGGUGAACUUCGUGACAUUGGUGUUGGCUCCGGCAAGUACUAUGCCGUCAAUUUCCCUCUCCGUGACGGUAUCAACGAUGUCUCCUACAAGAGUAUUUUCGAGCCUGUGAUUAAGAGCGUGAUGGAAUGGUAUCGCCCCGAGGCCGUCGUCCUGCAGUGUGGAGGUGACAGUUUGUCCGGCGAUCGUUUGGGUUGCUUCAACCUCAGUAUGCGCGGCCAUGCCAACUGUGUGAACUUCAUUAAGAGCUUCGACUUGCCGACUUUAAUCCUUGGUGGCGGUGGUUACACCAUGCGGAACGUCGCACGCACAUGGGCGUAUGAAACAGGUAUCCUGGUUGGAGACAGUCUAGGAUCAGAGCUCCCCUACAACGAUUACUACGAGUAUUUUGCGCCCGACUACGAGCUUGAUGUCCGCCCUUCGAACAUGGAUAAUGCCAACACAAAAGACUAUCUGGACAAGAUUCGCAACCAAGUUGUGGAAAACCUCAAGCGAACAGCAUUUGCGCCAUCUGUACAGAUGACCGAUGUGCCGCGCAACCCGAUCCUAGAUGGUAUGGAUGACGAGGCCGAUGAUGUUCUCGAUGACCUGGAUGAAGAUGAGAACAAGGACAAGCGAUUUACUCAACGCCGCUUCGAUCAGUACGUGGAGAAGCCUGGCGAGCUCAGCGAUAGCGAAGAUGAAGAGGAAAAUGCCGCCAAUGGUGUUCGUCGUCAGCCUGGUGCUGUUCGCCGCCGAAAUCAAGUUAACUACCGGAAUCUCGACCCCGCUGAUUCGGGGCUCGACAGCGGCAUGGCUACACCGCAGGAUGCUUCAUCCGUUGCCGACAAUGAUAUUGAUACCGGCUUAGAUACUAAAAUGGCCGAUGCUCCACGAACAGAGCCUGAUGCGCCUGCUGGUGGUGCCGCUUCGAACGGCCAGGAUACCCCUAUCACCGAUGCAGACGCAAUGCUGGUUGAGAAUGAGGGAAAGAGUACUUCUGCCGCUGUGUCUCAACGAACCUCUCCUCGUCCGCAAGAUGAGGAUACAACCAUGGAAGAUGCCGCUCCGGUGGCCGAGACCGACAACGGUGCUAGUGAUACAGCAGAUGAGAAAAAACCGGUUAUUUCUCUCGCUUCCGAAGACGCUUCUAAGUUUGAAUCUUCACCAACUCGUUCAUCUAAAGACCCUGCUGCCGCAGCGGAAAAGGAGGCCGAGGGCUCUGUACAGGAGCCCGCCCUUGCAAGCGAUUCCGAGGUGGCCAAACCGGCAGCAACCGAGUCAGCCGAUGAGCCUACCAAGGAGGAGGAAUAG